AUGGCAGAUGCGUCUAACAGCCACAGCACAGCCCCUGCGCAGAACCUGGACGUAAAUAAUAAUCCCGACAUUGCCGAUCUGUCGCAUGCGCAAGAGCCCGCGCCUGUCUUUCAGCCGACUACUCCCACUGACUUGCCCCUGAGACAGUCGAAACAUUCGGUGGGCGGGACACGGCCGAAGAUUCAUGAUGUGACCGAGAAGUUUACACGAGCGUGUAAUGCUCUGGAAGUCGGUCAACUAGUUAAAGAUGACUACUUUACGCUCUUUGAGUCUAUUGGGGCAAUCGAGAUCAUGGAUCCCAAGAUGGAUAGUGGAUUCCUCCAACCCGGAGAGACUCUAGAAGACGACUAUGAUACACUAACACCCCUUCUACCAGAGGAACUUAUCGGCAUCAUGGACCAACUGUUGUGCUACGAAAUGGCAUGGCACACAGGCUAUCCUUUGUCACAGACACUCUUUACAUCCGUCUACAUUGACAAGCUACUAUGGCCAGAAGUCAAGGAACUGGAGCAAGCGCAAUUCUACCGUGGCGAAAUUCCCAACGAAAGAAAACCUGGACCAUUACUAGACGUACUAAGGGCGUAUUGCUUAGGUUUGAUCAAGGGAUGUGACCUUGUGAUAGCGAAGGUCACUGGUAGAGACUACUAUGAAGAGGAGGAUUUUUGUACACACACGUAUAACCGAGUAUUGUUCGUGAGCACGCCAAUGGAUGCUUUUUUGAGAGAGUUGGAUGCUGCCGUUGACAUAAUAGAGGAUCCCGAUCUUGAUAUCAAUGACGCUCUUCGAAAAGCCGUUCUAUCGAGACUAGAAUUACGGACAGAUUUGCUUCAGGCUUUUGACGUGGAUCUUGCGGUUGAGGGAAUGCCCUACUCUUGGCCACCGGUACUCGAGAUUAUUGACACGCUAAGGACUACUCAUCAACUUGGCCAGACAGUACCUGGUGCUUUCAGUCCGAAAAUGCAACGGCGGCUUGCCUCUACCGUUCCUCCACGGCCUAUUGUUGAACUAGAUUUCAAAGAUGCGUUAGGAAAGCUGGAGAAUAUGGCGUCCGCUUGCCACGAAGCCACUCGGUUGAUCUCCAUCAAGCUUGAUCCGCUCGAAUACCAAUCAUUCCUCUGGCACUUCUCGUCCCGUUCGCCACCAACCCUCACAUAUUCCAGAUCAUAUCUAUCAACUAUUGUACACCAUCCAGAAAUGUACAAUCCAGCAAUGUCGUUGUCGCUUGGGGACGUAAAAACUCUCGUUUUGCCCGCCUCUCCCAUUCUAGACCCCGGCAACUGGACUCUCUCACCACCACGCAACCCACUUCUCCCCAAGCCACCACGCCUCCAGCUGGCCCUUCUUAUGGACGAUUUUGUAGAGCGCGCAGACCAAGCCUACCUCGACCUCUGGGUUGCCUUGGUCCAGAACCGGUGUCGAGUCCGGCGCAUGUUGAGGCACGUUAUUGGCCACUGGGAUAUGCUGCAAUCCGAGGCAAGUGUAACCGACAGUGAAAUCUCCGCUGCAGCCAACGAAAUGGGUGUAUCCGACGCUGUCAUGGAAUUCUCUCUCUCGACAUGGGCAUACCACAAGAAGCUCUGGAUCAUCGAAAAAAUGAUCCUACUUGGCUUCGAGCAGGAAAUCUACCUCCCAGACGAAUAUGCAGGAAUGUACCUCUUCCUCUCUCUCAUCACCACGCGCAGAAAAGAGCUGCUGCGUAGAGUCCAAACGCACUAUACCACCCACAAAUUCAACCUCCUCCGCCAAGGAAAAAUGCAAGAGAAGCAGCAAGUAGACGACGCGGAGCCGUAUGUCGCCAGUCUAAUCGCCGAAGCGGAAGCAACCGCUUCCUUCAGUCUAGCUUUAGCACGCUUCUACAUUGUACUAUUGUAUUUGCAUCUCCUACCUAUCCCCAGCCGUCCCUUUUCUACCGAGAAACUGCGCUACGAAGUCCGCAUGAAACCGUUUCUAGGGCUUCAGCCCCCCGAGGUCCCGGACUUUGAUGACUUCAAAGCGCACACUCAGCUAUAUGGCGAUGUGGCUUCGCCUUCUCCUGAGUUCGCUGAACACGUAGCGCACUUGGACUCGGCGCUGUGGAGCGAGAUUGAUGGACAACUUAGGACGGCGAAAGCGGCGUUUGCAGAGUACAAGCGGAUUGGCGUGCAGGCGGCGAAAGCGGAGGGUGUGGAGAGUAGUUGGGAUGGAGAGGUGCAGAAUGCAGUGGCGAGUUGUGUGGCGUUGGGUUUGGUGGUUACGGAGAUUAAGGAGUGGGUUGCGGAGAAGGGGGUGAGCGUAUCGGGUAUCAAGGUUGAGAUUCCAGAGGCGGGGGCAGGGAAGAGAUAUGCGGAUGGGUGGGUUGUACCAAAGGUUGUCAAGGAGUGA